CGCAUGUACAUACAUACAUGUGUGUAUGUACGUGCGUACUUACUGCAUAUUGAUAAAAAUUUGUAAAAAUCCACUUGCUUAUUAGUUUAUAGGCCCCGAUGAGUAAGUAGUUGCCUAAAACGAUUACCUCAGCUGUUUGGCGGAUUGUCUCAGCACAGCAGCGACGCCAACAAAAUUUGCGCAUUCCGUGAAAUUGAUUCACGAUUUGACAUUGAAAACACAAACGCAAUGGUGUUGUGGGCGUAAAGGAGGAGCAAAGGGCAAGGAUACGGGCAAACGGAAACGGUCGAUCGAAAGAGGAAAGGAGGACACCAACAAGAACAACAACAUGCCCUGCGAAAGCUGUGGCAUUGAGUUCACGGUCUUUCGCCGUAAGCGCAGCUGUUUCGACUGCAGGCGCUAUUACUGCAACAAUUGCUUGACGGCGACGACGGCGCGCCGCUGCCAGCGCUGUGCAAUAUUUGCCCAACGGCCGCUGUUGCACGCGGAUUUGUUGAAACUAAAGCCAAAAGAUUUAAUAUUCUAUUUGCAAUCCAAACACAUUUCCACUGAAGGCUGCCUGGAGAAAGAGGAACUGGUCGGUCUGGUGCUGGCACAUGUCGCUCAGUCGGAUCGCGAUACGGGCCGGCCGCCCAACAAUAGUCCCGGACGUGGCCAAGCCAAUCCCAUGGACAGUCUGAAGCAAACGUGCCAAAACUUUUUCACCAAUCUGAGUGACAAUAUCAGUGAUUCCUUAGCGUCCUUUGACACAAAGUCCAAUACUAAAUCAACGACGGACAACAGUCGGGCCAACAGUCGACAUGCAUCCCAUGAUAAUGGAGCAACGUCGUCAUCGUCGCCGCCGCCGCCGCCGACGCACAUUUUUGAGCAGCCGCGUGUUUCCACGCGCGAAAUUCCAACGUAUGCGAGUGCAGCUCAAGUGCAGACACCUGUACGCACGCCAGCCACAGCGAGAACCAACUCCACGGAGGUAGCGCAUGUGCAUGUCAGUCCAUCGACCUCGUCGACGCACACGACAACAUCGCCCACAGCCGCACCGGAGCCCAAAUCUGUGUCUGUGAUGGCCACAGAAGCGGCUAGGCUGCUGCACAAUAUUGAGCGUGAUAACUCGGAGUGUGAAUGCUCGGAUGAUGAGAUAAUAACCACGUUCAGUGAACGCACAUCGCUCAAGAAUAGCGAGAACAGCGCUGGCCAGGCAAGCCUAAGCCGGCCACCCUUGGAGACAAGCACUGCGGGUCUGGGUGCGACGACGACAGCAACUGCGACGACAACAGGAACGACCACAAACACCAGUCCUGGCUUCUCCAAGCAGGGCUCCCUUAGCUCCAAGGUGGACGCAUGCGGUGCAGACGCUUCGUCGCAGUCCAGCUUCGAGGAGCUGGGCGCCAUUGGCGGCAUUUCGGACGAGAGCAAAGCGGCAACCGAUACCAACAGCAGCAACCUGGAUCAGUGGCAAAUACUGGAACAAACAGCGCCAAGCAGCAGCAGCCAAGCGCUGCAGCAGCAGGGCUCACCCACGCAAACCGAGACGGCUACGGAGGAAAUUCUAGAGGUGACGGUGCGGGAUGUGCCUGGCGAGGCGCCUAGCUUUGAGCAGCGCACUGUCACGGUGCCGCAGGCGCCGCAGCGCACCAAAAAGGUAACACGACGUCGCUCCGACGGCUACCUGAAUCGUCGCCAUCAUUCCAGCGAUGAUGAAUCGCCAGUUGCGCCCAACGGAUUGGCCUUGAGCACACUGAGCGAACAGCCUGAGCCGGGCGCAGCCUCCAGCAGCAGCUGUCAGCGUUGUGGCAAGAAUAAAACAAAUAUUCGCCGACAUGUGGACAGGAUGCGUCGACAUUUGGAGAAUUCGCAAAUGUCUGAGGAGGAUAUCAAGCAUGAGCUGCAAGAGUUUCUCAGUUACCUGGAGCAGCGCACCAAGUCUGUGGACUGCUCCGAAGCGGACAGUCAUGCCAUCUCGCCGCUGAGCGGCGCAGAUGCGGGCAGCAUAGCGGACGCUGGUGCCGCCGGCUUGCCGAUAACGCCAACGAUUGAGUUCUCGCCCACACAGGAUGAUAACGAAACGCAUUGGGAGGAUGACGAGGGCAUUCAUGUGUAUGCCUCGUCCCUGGGCUUUGAGCCGGGCAACAGCAUGGACUCACGUUUCGUAAACUUGGAAGACUUUGAGGAUCGAAAAGACUUGGAGAAUCUAACGGUGAAACAGUUAAAGGAGGUUCUAAUGUUGCAUCGCGUUGACUACAAAGGCUGCUGCGAGAAACAGGAGCUGCUCGAUCGCGUUUGCAGACUAUGGAAGACUAUGCGCACAGCGCCAGCUGUUGAGAAACUUGCCACGGAUGAACUUUGUAAGAUAUGCAUGGAUGCGCCCAUUGAGUGCGUUUUUCUGGAAUGUGGUCAUAUGGCCACCUGCACCAAUUGCGGAAAGGUGCUAAACGAGUGCCCGAUUUGUCGACAAUAUAUUGUACGAGUUGUAAGAUUCUUUAGGGCGUAAUUCUAAAUGGCAGCCCAUAGCUCUGCUUAAUGGUAAAAAGUAUAUAAUAUAAUGUAUUAUGAAAACUGGUUGAUUGGCGGCCAGCGUUGAGAAGCUGGCCAAGUGAUUUGCUGUUCUGUGCGUGUACAUAUUGAAAGUAUGUAUUAUUAUACACAAAAAUAACAAAAAUACAAGCACAAUCUGUGCUAUUUAUACCGUUGUUACUGGGUCUUAAAUGCUCAAUAACUUCAGUUGAAUAAUAACAACUUGUUUGUUUCCUUAUAACUCUAAUGCUGGCAAUAAAACAAUUGCUUUUCGAAAAGAAAA